CCGUGAUUGAGCUCCUUUCACUUGCGACUUGGUUAGGUUUGUGAUUGAGGUUGGCAAUUGCAUAAAGGAGGGUCAUCCAGUCACUGAACUGUUCCUCCGGCAAAGGAGGCUUUCGAAUUCUCACGUGGUGUUGAACGAUUAUCGAUUCUUAAGCGCGUGAUUCCUUGAUGAGCGUUUGAUGGCUGAGCUACACUAUUUGCGGCAUUUUGAGCUUGCUGUGCACAGGACAAACAAAGUGGCUCUGCGUACGCUUUCAGUCUGUGAUCAGAAAUUCAUGACAUGUUUCCCAGUUUGCAAGCAAAAUCAGAAAUUCAAUCUGAAGCUUUACAUUGUGCCCAUUAAGAUUGCUGCUCAGUGUUUUGUUGCAAGAUCUUCAGUUGGGUCAUUGAGACCUGGUGAAAAAGGCCCUCAAAAUGGUGUUGGUGCCACUUCUUCGUAUCCAGAUAACUAUCAGAGCAUGAAUGAUUUUGAGAGACAGUUACAAGAAUUAUUUGAUGAUAUCAAACAAAUGAUUAGGAUGGGAAACAAAAAUGACGCUACAGAUUUGCUUAAGGCAAAUUAUGAAAUGGUGAAUGAGAGGCUAAGCGGAGGCGCUAAAGGUGUAGAAGAAGCUGCUGUUCUUGACAUCAUAGCCCUAGGUUUCAUGGCUGUUGGCGACUUCAAUUUUGUUGGUUCUCUACUGAAUGAGAUGAAGGAAGUUGUUGACACUUUGAAGGAUGAUGCCCCACGUCUAGAUUCCAUUCUCAUGCAUAUGGGAAGUAUGUAUUCAACUUUGGGGAACUUUGAAAAAUCACUCGACGCAUAUCAAAGGGCUAUUUACAUCAUGGAAAGGACCUAUGGUAAGGAUAGUACUUUUCUUGUCACCCCCUAUUUGGGCGUGGCCAAAGUUUAUGGUUCUGAUAGAAAAGCAGCAAAGGCAAUGGAAAUGUACCAGCAUGCUAUUACUCUCCUGGAAUCGAGUAGAGGCACUGAAAGCAAGGAUUUGGUUGUCCCUUUACUUGGUCUCGGUAACCUUUUACUUGAGGAAGGAAGAGCAAAAGAUGCAGAAGCUCAUUUUGUAAGAGUUCUGAACAUAUAUACAUCAUUAUAUGGACAAAUAGAUGGUAGAAGUGGAAUGGCUAUGGGUUCCCUGGCCCAGGUGAAAUGUGCUCAAGGGGAGGUGGAUGAAGCAAUCCAUUUGUAUAAGAGCGCUCUUCAAAUCUUAAAGGAAUCAAAUUACAUGCCAGUGGAUGACAACAUUGUGGAGAAGAUGAGGGUAGAUCUGGCUGAAUUACUGCAUGCCGUUGGCAGAGGACAAGAAGGAAGAGCAUUAUUAGAGGAAUGUUUAUUAAUCACAGAAAGGUAUAAGGGAAAUGAGCAUCCCGACUUGGUGACACACAUGAUGAACCUUGCAACUUCAUAUUCGCAAUCAAAAAAUUAUGUAGAGGCUGAGCGCUUGCUCCGAAGAAGUUUAAAAAUCAUGACAAGGCAGAUGGGGACUGAUGACCAGUCCAUCACUUUCCCAAUGUUGCACCUUGCAGUUACCCUCUACCAUCUCAAACAAGAUGAAGAGGCAGAGCAAUUUGCCCUUGAGGUUUUGCGCAUACGUGAGAAAGCAUUUGGAGAAGAUUCUCUUCCUGUUGCAGGGGAGGCCUUGGAUUGUUUGGUGUCCAUUCAAACGAGGCUAGGUAAGGAUGAUAGUGAAUUGCUCAAGCUGCUUAAAAGGAUCCUGAAGAUCCAAGAGAAAGAAUUUGGGCAUGACAGUGAGGGGGUUAUGGUUACCCUGAAAAAAAUUGUGUAUUACUUGGAUAGACUAGGGAGAAGACAUGAAAAGUUUCCCAUUCAGAGAAGGCUGUCUGUGCUCCGAAGGAAGUAUAAGCAAAUGGUUCGCCGUUGAAAUUUUAUGUACGUCAUUUCAUUUGCGAUCUUUUUUAUCCUUUUUGCAUGAAGCAUAUUUCUUUUUUUUUUUUUUUUUUUUUUUUAUAGGUGAAGCAUAUUUCUCUUUCAUCCAAAGUUAUAUAUUAUCAUGCUUCAUUCCAGAUAAUUCCGGGGAAAUCACAUCUAUUUUCUAGCUAAUUGUUUGUUUUUAUGUUAUUUAGAAUUAAUCUUAAGGAUAAACUUGUGUUUCAA